AGCUCCUGGCUGACGCGCCCAGGCAGCCGAGAGCCGGUCCCAGCCACGGCAGAGGCUCCUUCAUGACGGCCCCUUGAAGGGCUGGGCCGGGGGCAGCAUGGAGCUUGAGCGGUUCAACCUGGAAGAUGCCCCAGACACCUGGCGGGAAGAGGAGCCUCGCGAGGAGAAGAGCAGGUGCCCCUGGAUGAGGUGCAGCAGCGUCCACAAUACCGUCUCCAAAUGGAUGCUCCCUGGAGAGGCCAGAGCGACCUACCUGGAAAGAGCCAGCUGCAUUCCACCACCCGUUUUCAUCCUGUUUAUCAGCUUAGCUGAGCUGUCAAUAUUCAUUUAUUAUGCUGUUUGGAAGCCCCAGACUCAAUGGAUCACGCUAGAAGUGGGAAUCUGGGAAAGUCCACUUAUUUACAGGCCUGAGAAACGAAAAGAAGCCUGGAGAUUUUUGUCUUACAUGUUUCUGCAUGCUGGCGUUGAACAUAUCAUAGGGAACCUUGUUCUCCAGCUUUGCCUGGGGAUUCCCCUGGAAUUAGUUCACAAAGGACAUAGAGUUGCAGCCGUGUAUCUUGCUGGAGUAAUUGGAGGUUCUUUGGCAAGUUCCAUCUGUGAUCCUCUGCUGGGUCUUGUGGGAGCGUCAGGAGGUGUCUACGCUCUGAUUGGAGGAUACUUCAUGAAUAUUCUACUGAACUUCCGAGAAAUGAUUCCUCUGUUUGGAAUUGCAAGACUGCUAUUCAUUGGCUCAAUAGUUGGAACAGAUAUAGGAUUUGCUCUGUACAGAAGAUUUCUCUCUCCUUCAGCUGGGAUUCAGGUUUCCUUUGUGGCCCACAUUGCAGGCGGCCUUGCUGGAAUGUCAGUAGGUUAUGUCAUAUUCAGCAAUUUUGAUAAAAAUUUCAUUAAAGAUCCUAAAUUCUGGAUUUGUAUAACUGCAUUUUUAAUAUUUGUGAUACUUGCUGUAUUGUUCAACGUGUUUUUCUCACCAGCAAACCAGUAGAACGCAACAUUCAAUAACAGUGUAUAAUUCUGAAGGAUAAUUU